UCCAAUCUACCUUUCCCUUAUUCUGAGUUUCGGGGCUCAGCGGAGGAGCGGAAAUUGAAAACCCAUUUUCUCCACUCUGAUAAACCCUCUCCGAUCUCUCUCCCCUUCAAUUCUUCGGAGAUGGGAGAAGUCAAACGUAAAAGAGGUCGAAAGCCGAAAAAUUCCAAGGCGGAUUCUCUAGAUUUUCCUCCGCCGACCACUGCUACCGUCACCAGUGUUGCGAUGGUUAUGGACGACGUUUUUUCAGUCAGCAACGUCGAGCUCAUGGACCCGGCCUCCACUUCUAAACCUCACCAGAACCGCCGUGGGAGGCCGAAGAAGCUUUCGAAACAUUUGGAAAAUCCCGACAAGUUCCCGCAAUUGUCUCCUUCUAGACGUGGCCCUCGUGGUGUCGAAAAUGGCGAAUUUACCGCUUCCGGCGACGUCUUUCCAUCUGAUAUCGCUUUGGAACGGGUGCAGCCGGAGUGGCCGGGCAUCGUGAGAGUCGUGCCGGCGAUGGAUGCUGUGGUCAAGGUAUUUUGUGUGCACACGGAGCCGAAUUUCUCACUUCCUUGGCAGAGAAAGAGACAAUAUAGUUCGAGUAGCAGUGGAUUUGUGAUUGGUGGAAGGAGAGUGCUCACUAAUGCUCAUUCCGUCGAGCAUCAUACCCAGGUUAAGCUUAAGAAGCGUGGGUCGGAUACGAAGUACUUGGCGACCGUACUUGCGAUUGGAACUGAAUGCGAUAUCGCAAUGCUUACUGUUGAUGAUGACGAGUUUUGGGUGGGAGUUUCACCGGUAGAAUUUGGGGAGUUACCUGCACUGCAAGAUGCAGUAACUGUUGUUGGUUACCCAAUUGGAGGUGAUACAAUUUCUGUCACAAGUGGGGUUGUAUCGCGGAUAGAGAUCCUGUCUUAUGUUCAUGGGUCUACUGAGCUUCUCGGUCUGCAGAUAGAUGCUGCUAUAAACUCGGGUAAUUCUGGUGGGCCUGCCUUUAAUGAUAAAGGAAACUGUGUGGGCAUUGCAUUUCAGUCGCUCAAGCAUGAAGAUGCAGAAAAUAUAGGUUAUGUCAUACCAACGCCAGUUAUCUUGCAUUUUAUACGGGAUUACGAGAAGAAUGGAGCAUAUACAGGCUUUCCAAUUCUUGGUCUUGAGUGGCAGAAAAUGGAAAAUCCUGAUCUUUGUGAGGCUAUGGGGAUGAAAAAAGAUCAGAAGGGUGUCCGUAUUAGACGUAUUGAUCCCACUGGCCCAGAAUCCAAAGUUUUGAAGCCAUCAGAUAUUAUUCUCGGCUUUGAUGGGGUUGAUAUUGCUAAUGAUGGAACAGUUCCUUUCCGGCACGGUGAGCGUAUAGGAUUCAGUUACCUUGUCUCCCAGAAAUAUACUGGUGAUAGUGCAACAAUAAAAGUUCUGCGCAACUCUGAGACACUCAGUUUUAAUUACCAGCUUGCAACAUACAGAAGGCUCAUUCCUGCACAUAAUGAGGGCAAACCCCCUUCUUAUUACAUUAUUGCAGGAUUUGUUUUUUCCACUGUCUCCGUUCCUUAUCUCCGUUCUGAGUACGGAAAGGAUUAUGAAUAUGAAGCUCCAGUCAAACUAUUGGACAAAUUAUUGCAUUCAAUGCCACAAUCACCAGAUGAGCAGCUAGUGGUGGUUUCUCAGGUACUCGUGGCUGAUAUCAACAUUGGAUAUGAAGACAUUGUUAACACCCAGGUUCUUGCUUUCAAUGGUAAACCUGUGAAGAACCUCAAGAGCUUGGCUAACAUGGUUGAAAGUUGCGAUGAUGAGUUUUUGAAGUUCGAUUUAGAAUAUCAACAGAUAGUUGUCCUCCGUACAAGCACAGCGAAAGCAGCCACUUUAGAUAUUCUGGCCACACACUGCAUACCCUCAGCUAUGUCUAACGAUCUCAAGACCUAACUUCAGAAUGAAAAAUUAGGUAUACUUGAUUACGUAGGUUAUCAUAUUUCGUUUUCCACCCUGCCGGGUAUGCCCAGGUUCUGAAGGGGUUCCAGUAUGCGUAUGCUUUCCUUCUUCAUGACGUUGGGUUUAAUACGAAUGGUAGGAAGUCGAAGUUCGAAAGGAUUAGGAUGAAGAAUAGAAUGAAUCGAGAGUUAAAAUUGCAUUGUAUCGACUUCUUAGCUCUUGGAAGUUUUGAUUAGAUGAUAUUAGUUGUUGGUAAGGCGGAUUUGAUGGUUUUCUCAAUCCAUCUUUUACCAUUGAUAAUGGUAUGAAAAUUAGCCAACUUCUCUAAGUAGCUUGAAGUAUGAAGCAUGGUGUAGUUUCUCCUCAUGGGUUGUUUUUUCUCACGAAUAAUAAUGUGAUGAAACAUAUCCUUAUAAAACUUUAUUGGGUACCAUAACCUUAA